AUGUCGACUGUUCGCGCCGCCUUCAAGGUGCUCAUCUCGCACCCAAAUGUGCCAGCGCCCGCCCUGGAGCUGCUGCGUUCCCGCGGCGCCGAGACCAUCGUCUGCCAAAGUGUGCCGCCCAGCAGGGCGGAGAUUCUACAGAAGGUGACCGGCGUGGAUGCCAUUUUCUGGGCGCACUACCAGCCACUGAAUGCCGGCAUACUGGAUGCAGCUGGACCGCAGCUGCGGUGUGUGAGCACCAUGUCGUCGGGCAUUGAUUUCGUGGAUGUGCCGGAGUUCCAGCGGCGCCAGAUCCCAUUGGGGCACACGCCAGGAGUGGUGAAGAAUUCGGUGGCGGAUCUUGCCAUUGGAUUGAUGAUUGCAGCUGGGCGACACUUUCACGCCGGUCGCCAUGAUAUCGAGAGUUCGCAGUGGAAAACGGAGCUAAUUGACUGGCGCAUGGGCCAGGAGAUCCGCGACUCUGUCAUCGGUUUCUUUGGCUUUGGCGGCAUCAGUCAGGCCAUUGCCAAGCGUCUCCAGUGCUGGGAUGUGGCCAAAAUUCUCUAUCACACACGCAAGCGCAAGGAGAACGAGGCGGAGUUCAAGGCGGAACAUGUGCCCUUCGAGCGGCUGCUGCGGGAGAGCGACUUCCUCGUGGUCGCCGCACCACUCACCGACGAAACGCGCGGAAAGUUCGAUAAGAAAGCCUUUGGGUUGAUGAAAUCGAGUGCAGUUUUUGUCAAUGUGGCCAGAGGAGGUCUCGUCAUGCAAAGCGAUCUGCAUGAAGCGCUGACCACAGGGCAGAUCUUUGCCGCGGGCUUGGACGUGACAACACCAGAACCUUUGCCAGCGGAGGAUCCCUUACUGAAGCUGCCCAAUUGCGUUAUUCUGCCCCAUUUGGGCACACAAACCACGAAGACUACGAUCGAAAUGAGUCUGCUGGCGGCCAACAAUAUACUCAAUGGCAUGGAAGGAAAGCCCAUGAUUAGGCCAGCAUAUUGAUCGAAUGAGGCAGAACAAAUUCCAUUGAGUAGUAAA